UUGACUGCUGCGUACACAGAACAAAAGUUUGCAGGAUGUAGUGAGCAAGUUAUCGGUUCAAAAACCAACCAAAGAGUGUUUAAUGUGGGUAUAGUAGAAGAAGGCACGAUAAUUGAUAUUCAGAACAGUGCUAAACCGUACUACUACGGUUUGAUAUUCCAAAAAAGUGGGCGUCACAUAAAUAGUGUAAUGUCAGAAGGUUUGGAGCUGGGCAACUGUUUUAUUAUGAGUGGCACUGAGGGACACAUCAUUUUCAAGUUUGCUAGGCCCUUUAAGACUGUCAGGAUUGGAUUGUUCCAUCCCGCUAGCAAGAAGAACGCGAGUGCAAUUAAA